AUGUCCGAACCAGGCCCGGAAUCGAUCCCUACGAGCGCGGAUCCGCGUAGCAAGCGGCCCGUCAAACGUCGUGCUGUCACAGCGCAGUCGGAGCAAGCUUCCCAGAUCGAGUCUCUCUUUCGCGACCCCGCGAAGGAGGUUCGGCUCCCCGAUUCUUCCAAGCAGCGAUCAUCUGCGUCAUUGCCUCCUCCACCGGAAAUCGUGGCGAAUGUUCAAGGUUCUUCUGCUGGUGCCGGUUCCGGAGAAUUCCACGUUUAUAAAGCCAGUCGCAGGAGGGAAUAUGAGCGCUUACGCAUGAUGGAAAGCGAGGUCAGUAAGGAGAAGGAAGAUAAAGAUUGGGAGAAACAACGAGACGAGGCAAGGCGGAAGGAUGAAGAAAAGACGGAAAAGAAUCGGAAAAGAAGGGAAAAGAGAAACGCGGCAAAGAAUAAAAAGAAAAGUGUUGGUAGCAAUGAUAAGGGACCUGACAACAUGGCUGUUGAUGGGCCGACGAAAAGGGCACUCGACGGGAAUAAGGAUGGAGAUCAACACUGGCCAGCAGAUGCCGUCGAACAUGCGGAAACACCAGGAGUGAUAAUCCAUGAAGACUGA